AUGCAACCGUAUGCCGGUGCCUCUGCCCCUAUGAAUACGAAAACUAAUGUUAAGCAAAUACUCAGAUGCAUGGAAGACAACUACGGAACCUCGGUGGUGAGCUUGAUCAGAAUGGAUUUCUUAGACUAUCCCCAGUCUCCGUUCGGCGAAAGAAGUGCGCGCCUGGCGGCAAUGCGGCAGAACAUUCCCCAGAGGCACAACUCUAUUGUGGAUCACAUGGAUUCUGGCCGCAACAACAACAGCAAAUGGUUGGGAGCAGAAGCAGAUAGGGCAGUAAACCUUGAUGAGGUCUAUCGUCAGGUUGAAAACGCAGAUAGUAGAAGGGGAGAAAUCAUCUGUAACUUUGUGACAGCUCUUCUUAUUCAGAGCUAUAAUCCUGAAAAAUGGGACAAACUUUACGUACGAGCACAACCGGGACGUUGCUACAUAGUAGACAACGGAUUGAUUGCUAGAUUUCUGAUGGAAGUUGACAUUCGAAAUAACAAUAGGCUACAAAACACAUAUUCCGGAAAUGUCACUGAGUGCAUGUGA